AUGGGGGACGGCUGCGCCUGCAUAUCGUAUUGUGAGGAGUACGGUAUAAUGAACAAAAUGUUGAUCGGAUACAAGGAUUUAAAAGGGAGUCGAAGUUUGGAUCUGGAUUUCCACUACGAAGCCGCGGAAAGGAUGCCUUUCGAAGAAAAGGAGAAAGACGGGGACAAACAGGAGGGUUUGAACUUGUCAGCGUUGCUGGACGGAAGUGGAGCCGGAACCGGAGGCCGGAAGAAGAAGAAUGCGCAGGCGACGACGAAAGGCGGACCCCCGAGAAUGUCUCAUUUGCGGAAAAAGAAGAAGAAGAAGAAAAAACCGGCGACGGAAGACAAGUACGACGACGACGACGUUCAACAAACUGUGAUCAGUGGCACUAAUGUUUUGGCGACGAAAAAUGAAGAUGACGACGACGACGAUGUUGCGAAUGACGGGAAAACCAAAAAGAAGAGACCCAUGAAAAAGAAAUCCCGAAGUUGAAAAUUUGUUUUUUUAUUAUCCGAGGAUUUAUAUAAAAUUCUGAAUAAAAUAUUCGUCGUUUAUCAUUUGACUUACGAGAUUUGACUUGGGUCGGAAGUUCUUCAAGUCCUGUGUGUUAUUUCGUUCGAGUCUAAAUUGUUGAGAAAUAAUUGUGAUUCAAGUGAUUUUGCCGAAUAUUAUCUGAUAAAUUCAUCACCCACUCUUUAUUCAAUUUGAAAACGAUGACGACCAAUUCAAAAAUUACGGAACACCAGAAAAAAGCGAUCUGUGAAUAAGAAAUGUCGGAGUGAACAAUUUUCUUUGUUCUUAAAAUUGAAGGCUUCAUGAUUUUUUUUUAAAUAUUCUUCAAGAGUUGACUGUCAUACAUGUGAUUUAUGAUCGAUUCCUUGCCAUUGUUCAAGUUUCUGCUCACCCCGUUUCAAUUGGAGAUGAGACUAAAAGCUCAUCUUUUGUGAAAUGAGGUUCACCUGUCCCGUGUGUUUAAAAAAAUCAAAUUUCAGAAAGUCUGAACGCCACCAAACAUUUCACAAUUUUUUAUUACUUUUUUACAAUUAUCUUCAAUUGCAAGGCUGAAGAACACGUAUUCGAAUUUAUGAAGGCUUUACUUUCCGAAUUUUUUACUUGGAGAUGCUGAAAGAUAAUCUCAUAUUGACAUAAAAUAUACAUUUUUGAGCAAGAAUUCACAUUUGAGCUUCUAAUUUCGAAUAACUUUACGAAU